UAUACAAAAGUUGUGGAAAAACGAAAAAUGGGCGCCGCUUUCUUUCCUGUGCUGUUUUUUACCGCUUUGUGGGGCGGCGUGGGAAUCGCCAUGCCGAUGAUGACCCCGAAAGGUCCUCACCAGAACCUAAUUCGCUGCAUCCUGAUGCUGGCCGCUGCCUGCUGCUGGCUCUUUUGGCUGUGUUGCUACAUGGCCCAGAUGAAUCCCUUGAUUGGACCCAAGCUAAAGCGGGAUGUUGUGGCCAUGAUUGGCAAGUCCUGGAACAACCCAAUCGUAGCUGGUUAAAGGAUUUCGAGAAUAAAAAAGCCAACUAACUAGACUAUUCCAGCAUAAUCACCUCUUAAACUGUUUAUAUUAUGUUGUAAAUAAAAUGUGCAAAUAUCUAUUGUUCUGUUAAGUGCGAAAUACUUUAAACUUAAACCUUAAAAUUAAAGAUGUUUAAAAUUACAUUGAUUUGUUUACACAAUUCUGAAUAAAAGCAAUUUGGGCAAUA